AUGUCGCAGAGAAGACGAAUAGAUCCAUACAUGGCGUCUCACGCUAGUGACGACUCCUCCACCGCUGGGCCAUACUAUACACCCAUUCAGGCCCAUUCGGCACACACACCAUCACUUUAUGCGCCACCGCCCCACUCGCGCUCCAAGUCCCCGUCCAGAUCCUCCUCCGCCGCCUCUAACCCCAACAGGGUUUCCACCAGCUCCAUAUUCUCUUUGCGCAAGUCUCGCGACAAGCCAGUACCGCAAUUUGAUGCUAUUCUGGACAUGCUGGACUCAGUUUCGGUGGGCAGCGGCGGAACUGCCCAUCUGAAUCACACAGCCAAUGACAUUUAUCUGGUAUCCAAUUCUUCUUUUGGCAAGCGCCAGGGAAGCAUGCUCAGUGUGGCAUCCACAGGAUCUUCAGGCAGUAGAGACACACGAGAUGGCCCGCUGUCGACGAUCACUCCAGGCCCGCAUGUGGCAAAUCUGACCCAUUCUCGCCAUGGAUCCACUUACUCAUUUCUGACCCCAGGAACCAAUCCGUACGACCACAAGACUUCACGAUCUGGUGGCGAAGUUACUCCUACGAGACACUCAGAUAAGACCACUCCACGCAAGGAGAAGGUCUCCUCCCGUGCUCCAUCGUUCCUGGCAUCGUCGCUCGCUUUGUCUCGAAAAGCCACCAAUGCAUCUUUACGGUCAGCGGCCCCAUCCAUGGCCACCAUCGAGGACACGCCCAGUUUACUGGCAGCCACAUUGAACGGCGGCAGUAAUAAUAGCAUCAACAAUGCUCCUCCGCUUGCACUUCAGCGGCCCUCCAAUCCACUUGAAAUUGAGCGCAUGUUUCGGGAGUUGAUGGAUCGCCGUGAUUUCCGUUCUCUACCGGCACAAGCACGCCAGGAAAUGCUCGCAUACAGCGUAGACAAGAAAUGGAUGCUCGUAUAUCAGGAUGCGCUCAGCGAGCACAAUAAGCAUAUUAAGAAGGGUAAGUCGAGUCCUGAGUUUUAUACGCGAAGACUUAUCUCCAAAAUGAUCACAUCAGAGGAGCUCGAGAACUUGUGGGUUUCGCUACGUACUGAACCUAUCGACUGGGUCCGUGAGUUCAUCUUCGAUUUUCAGGGUGACGUUGCCUUGUCUUCGUACUUGACUAAGGUCCAUGACCAGAUAGGUGGCCAAGACAUCGAAGACAUCCUGGAUGACAUCUUCAACAAGGAGUUUAACACUCUCAAAUGUUUACGUUGCAUGAUGAAUCAGAAAUUGGGUGCGGAGCGUGCCAAAACUGACGACUCCUUGUAUGUCAAUGCAGUGACUGGCUCUCUUCUCUCACCUCGAAUUGCCACCCGAAAAAUUGCUGGUGACACCUUGAUUUUCAUGAUUGCGUACUAUAGCAAUGAAAACCAAGCGAAGUACCAUAAGGUGCUACGUGCAUUGGAUGCUUUAUCCACCAAGUCUUACUAUGAAUUUGUCACUCCCAACACUCUGAGCAAGAAGUCUUUGCAAAGAAAGCCUCCUACUCCAAACAAGUUCCAUCGAUUUGAACUCUGGCUCAAGCUUGUGGAGAAGACCAUUGAUGGCAGAGGAACCUACAAGACAUCGCUUGUCGGAGCAUCAGACGAAUUCAAGCAAGCCUUGAUUGGCACAUCUUCUUCAACCAUUAGCACGUCUCAGAUUGAAAAUCAAUUUCUCGAAUAUUGUUUUGGAACUAUGCUUCUCAUCAACAAGAUCGUUGAGUAUGGAAUUGAUUUCAGAGUUCGUAUCCACCUUCGGUCCCAACUUAAAGCUGCUGGAAUUGAUACUCUCAUGAAAAAGUUUUUGGAAUUGGGAUACGAAAACUUAAACAAACAAUGUGAGAUUUACCGUGAAAUGGCUGACGGCGACGAACUAGAGUUAAAAACCAAGGAGCAAAUAGACGAGGACCUUGAUUUCAACAAUCCUGUCGAAUUGGUGAAAUCGCUCUGGCAAAGUGUUCAGAAUAGUGAAGCCCAGGGCCAUUUUGUUAGUGCAAUUCAGCACAUGUACCUCAAUCAAGUCGACAAGAAGGAUAAUGUUGAGGAUCUCUCAAGGAGUAUGAGGCUCUUAGAUGGUAUUAUUCAGAAUGUUUCCAGUGCUCAUACUACAAAUGAUGAUUCCGCAGUAGGAAUCGCUAUUAAUCGGUUGUUUGCCGGCUUGAGCACGGAUGACAUGUACAGAAAGGCAUUAUCGGAUGUUAAAACCUACAAGAAGAUUGCUGAUGAAGCAACGGCAGAAAGAGACGAAAUGUCGCGUCAGCUUUCAUUGGGAACUGAGGGAUUAAUCACGAGUAUGUCGAAUGAUAUUAGAGAGCAGGAAACUGUAUUGCUACGCUCGAGACGAAUGAACGAGGAGCUACAGGAAGAACUUGAAGAGUUGAGGAGAAAGCAUCUCAUCGAAAAGCAAGAACAAGAAGCGGAGAUGAGAGAACUAUUAAUCAUGCUCAACAGUGCUGACAUUAAGGCCAGAAAAGCAAAUGGCCGGACCACAGUUCUGGUUCAAACAAAUAACGAAGAACUCAUUAAGAAGUUGCAAAAACAAAUUCACAGAAAGAAGGCUGAGUAUAAACUCGAUAACAAGCUGUUUGGUACCCAUAUAGAGCCUAGUUCCAGAUUAAGAGCUUUGCGUGAACAGAUGAAUGAUAUCGAGAACUUGGCCAGAGAGCUUGAAAUGACCGACUUUGAAACUUACACUGCCCCAGUUACUGCCCCCCUCCAGAGCGAAAUGGAAGAAGAAGAUGAAUCGGAAGAGGAGACAUAUUAUCCUCCAAUUCCUGAAGGUCCGAAGCGUGCUUGUCGAGAGGACGAUUUGGAGAAGUUGUCUAGAUUGAGAAAAAAGCUUGCAUCUUUGCAAAAUGAAUCGAAUGAUAUCAUGAAAUUCAACAAUAGUGCCAUGUUCUCGAAACAGAAGUUUUUGGCUAUGGAAAGAUUGAGAGAGUUGGAAAUGAACUUCAAGGACUUCAACAUUGACUUUACUUCAUCUAACGAUCACGAGCUAUUCGAAAGCAUCAUUGAACCAAACAUGAAAGCAAAGAUUCAAGAAGAACUUGACGAGGUUUCCAAGCUCAAAGCCGACUUGCAGGCCCAAUUGAAAGCUUUGAAAGGAACACCACCAUCAACUUCUAGGAAUUCAAGAGCGUCUUCUGUUGAGGUCUUGGCUAAAAUUGAGAAGAAAUACGCUCAAGGAAAAGUCAAACAGAGUGAUGUGGAAGAAGUCGUCAAGAGUUCGAUAUCUCCCGUCAAGGACUAUAAGAGCAACAGGAUUUCUACAGUCAGCAAUAUGAAUCCAAAGUUCUUGAAAGAGUUGAGCAACAAAGUUCAGAAAGUGGAUGCGAUUCCAGAUACACAAGAAGAACAUGACAAAGAAGAAGAAGAAGAGGAGGAUAGUGACAAAUUCGAGGAUUCCGUUGAUAAGCAGGAAGAAGAACCCUCCGUCACUGCGACUAUUCCACCACCAGCUCCACCUCUUCCAUCAACACUCGGUGGCCUGGCUCCACCACCACCGCCACCACCUCCACCAAUUCCACCAGCAUUGGGCGGUGCAGCUCCACCCCCGCCACCACCUAUGCCUUUAUUCACAGGUGGCGGUCCACCCCCGGUACCACCUCCGUUACCUGGUGCGCUUGGUGGUCCGAACGCACCACCCGCCCCACCUCCACCACCAUUUCCAAUGCAGAAAACUGGCUCACCUUCUCCAAGUCCUUUGCCCGUUGUCGUUCCCAACUCAUUUGAUCAAUAUCCACGUCCUAAAAAGAAGUUGAAGCAAUUGCAUUGGGAAAAGGUCGAUGGUUUAGAUGGCGGAAAGAGCUCUUUUUGGCACGGAUCACAACCCCAUAAUGUGGCUACUGAAUUGAUGGAUAAGGGAGUCUUGGACGAAAUUGAGACCAUCUUUGCAGCAAAAGAGAUCAAGAGAUUGGCAACCAAGAAGAAGGAAGAUGUCGACAAGGUCACGUUCUUGGCUAGAGAUAUCGCACAGCAGUUUGGUAUUAAUUUGCACUUUUACAACUCUCUUUCAGACACUGAAGUUGUGGAUAAGAUCUUGAGAUGUGACAAGGAUGUUCUCGAGAAUCCAGCAGUUUUGGAGUUCCUCUCUAAAGAUGAAAUUGUGGAAGUUUCCAAUAGUUUGGCAAGAAGCCUUGAACCAUAUUCUACUGACUACAAGUCUGAUCAAAUCGGUUCGCCAGAUAAAGAUCCAAAUGAAUUGCAAAGACCAGAUAGAAUUUACGUGGAAUUGAUCUACAACUUACAACAUUACUGGAAAUCUAGAGUCCGGUCUUUGAGAACGAUUGCCCAUUACGAGAAAGAUUAUGAGGACUUAGUGAAGAAAUUGAGAAGCCUCGAUGCAGCUGUUGAAAGCAUUAAGCACUCUACUCAUUUGAGAAGCGUCUUCGACAUCAUCUUGGCUGUUGGUAAUUACAUGAAUGAUACCUCCAAACAAGCCAAGGGAUUCAAGUUGAGCUCUUUGCAGAGAUUGAGUUUCGUCAAGGACGAUAAGAACAGCAUGUCUUUCUUGCAUUAUGUCGAGAAAACCAUCCGGACAUUGUAUCCUGAGCUUUUGGACUUCUUAACAGAGCUUUCGAGUUGCGUUGAAGUUGCCAAGUUCUCCAUUGAGAAUAUUUCUAGUGACUGUAAGGAGUAUGCACAGUCCAUAAAGAAUGUUCAAAGUUCGAUCGAUGUUGGUAAUUUGAGCGAUGUAUCGACUUUCCACCCUAAGGACCGUGUCUUGAAGGUGAUUUCCCCACUCUUACCAAAGGCUAAAAGAAAGGCUGAGUUGCUCAUGGACCAAUCUAAUUAUACAUUCAGCGAGUUUGAUAAACUUAUGAGCAAGUUUACCAACUUUAUGACAGAGUUCAAGAAGGCUCAGCGUGAGAAUUUGAAGCGCGAGGAAGAAUUAAGAGUAUACGAACAGAGAAAGAAACUAAUCGAGAAUGCCAAUCUGGCCAAGGUUGCCAAAACUGAACAGAAUGAUGAUGAUUCUGAAAACGUCAUGGACUCUCUUCUUGAAAAAUUAAAGGCUUCGGGGCCACAAAAGGGCGAACCAUCUUCUGCAAGAAAGAGGGCAUUAAUGAAGAAACAUCUUUUGGAGAACAUCAAGAAAUCCAGUGGUGACGAGAGCCCAUCAAGACUGACGUUCGAGGAUAUUGGAGACUCUCCUGAAGUACCCUCUGAAGUGGCACCCGAAGGAGCGGAUAUUGGAUCGAGAGCCAGAAGUUUACUUCAAGAGUUGCGAAAAGCAGAAACAUCUGAUGCAGAAAGGCUUUCAAGUGCGGCUCAAUUCAGACAACAAAGACAACGCAGAAAGCUAAACUUACAGUCUAAGGAUACAUUUGACGAGAAGCCUAGCCAAGAGAGUGAGGAUUCUUCUAAUGCAUAA